AGAUUUAUCCUAAAAGGAUCUUUCAAAAUGGAUGGACGGCUUGGAUAAAAGACAUAUAUCACGAUGGGCCCCACAGAUCCCCUGACACGACUAUCCUUCUGUAGCUAGGUCGUGGUGGUCGUAGUACCCAAUCCGCGCCCCUCAGGUUCUCUUAACACUUCGGUUAUUUCCCUGACGCCACCAUCUUCUCCGGCCAAAAGUCGCACGACGCUCGAAAUCAGGCUCAAACAUCACCAUGGACGAUAGCUUGUACGAUGAAUUCGGCAACUACAUUGGACCAGACAUUGAUUCGGAUCAUGAAUCUGAUGGGGAUGAGGAAGAGGAUGAAGACAUCACUGAUAAGCCCACAGAAGAAGCACCUGGCUCCGACGAUGAGGAUGGCAAUGCCGCUGCCAAUGGGUGGUUGACCACUUCAAAUGAUGUUGACAUGGAUAACCAGAUUGUUCUUGCUGAAGACAAAAAGUACUACCCUACUGCCGAAGAGGUCUAUGGCGAAGACGUUGAAACCCUUGUCAUGGAUGAAGACGAACAACCUCUUGAACAACCAAUCAUAAAGCCUGUGAGAAACAUAAAGUUUGAGGUGGGCGUGAAGGAUUCGUCCACAUACGUCUCAACCCAAUUUCUUCUUGGUCUAAUGUCAAAUCCCACCCUCGUUCGCAAUGUUGCGUUGAUUGGGAACCUCCAGCAUGGCAAGACUGUUUUCAUGGACAUGCUGGUCGAGCAGACACACCACAUCUCCACCUUUGAUCAAAACAGUGAGAAGCACAUGAGGUAUACGGAUACAAGGAUUGACGAGCAAGAGAGGAGGAUUUCGAUUAAGGCAGUGCCCAUGUCUCUAGUUCUCGAAGAUAGCAAUGCAAAAUCCUAUCUUUGUAAUAUCAUGGACACUCCUGGCCACGUAAAUUUCUCUGACGAGAUGACUGCUGCACUCAGGCUUGCUGAUGGCGCUGUGUUAAUUGUGGAUGCUGCAGAAGGAGUAAUGGUUAACACCGAGAGAGCCAUUCGGCAUGCUAUUCAGGAACGACUUCCUAUUGUGGUUGUAAUCAAUAAGGUUGACAGGCUGAUAACAGAACUUAAACUGCCACCAGCUGAUGCUUAUCACAAGUUAAGGAAUACAUUGGAAGUCAUCAAUGACCUGAUCUCUUCAUUCUCUACCACAGCAGGAGGCAUCCAAACGGUUGACCCAGCUGCCGGAAAUGUAUGCUUCGCCAGUGCCAGUGCAGGGUGGUCCUUCACCCUCCAAUCGUUUGCCAAACUCUAUGUUAAACUUCACGGAAUUCCAUUUGAUGCUGCAAAGUUUGCUAAACGACUCUGGGGAGACAUGUACUAUCACCCCGAUGACCGAGUUUUCAGGAAGAAACCCCCAAUGAGUGGAGGCGAAAGAUCUUUUGUGCAGUUUGUUCUCGAACCCCUAUACAAGAUAUAUAGUCAAGUCAUCGGAGAACAUAAGAAGAGUGUGGAGGCCACUCUAGCAGAACUUGGUGUCACUCUUAGUAAUGCAGCAUAUAGACUGAAUGUCAGGCCUUUACUGAGGCUGGCUUGCAGCUCAGUUUUCGGGUCUGCCACUGGCUUCACUGACAUGUUGGUUGAGCACAUCCCUUCGGCUAGGGAUUCUGCAGUUAGGAAGAUAGAGCACACAUACACAGGGCCUCAAGACUCGAUGAUUGCCGAGGCUAUGAAAGACUGUGAUCCUUCUGGCCCACUCAUGGUUAAUGUGACCAAGCUUUAUCCAAAGUCUGAUUGUAGUGUUUUUGAUGCUUUUGGUAGAGUUUAUAGUGGUACCAUUCAGACAGGACAGACGUUACGUGUACUGGGUGAAGGUUAUUCACCGGAUGAUGAGGAAGACAUGACCGUCAAAGAAGUUACGAAGUUGUGGGUUUAUCAAGCUCGGUACCGCAUUCCUAUUAGUAAGGCGCCGGCAGGUUCCUGGGUUCUUAUUGAAGGUGUGGAUGCUUCGAUCAUGAAGACUGCGACCCUUUGUCCCCUGGAUUUGGACGAAGAGGUGUACAUCUUUCGGCCUCUUCGCUUCAACACUCUGCCUGUUGUCAAGACAGCAACUGAACCGUUGAAUCCUAGUGAGUUGCCAAAAAUGGUCGAAGGUCUUCGAAAAAUUAGUAAGAGUUAUCCUUUGGCUAUUACCAAAGUCGAGGAGUCAGGGGAGCACACAAUAUUAGGGACAGGGGAGAUUUAUUUGGAUUCUAUCAUGAAGGAUCUUAGAGAGCUCUAUUCUGAAGUAGAAGUCAAGGUGGCCGAUCCAGUUGUAACAUUUUGUGAGACGGUGGUGGAGUCCUCUUCAAUGAAGUGCUUUGCGGAAACACCCAACAAAAAGAAUAAAAUUACUAUGCUUGCAGAGCCAUUGGAGAAGGGACUUGCAGAGGAUAUUGAGAAUGGGGUAGUGAGCAUUGAUUGGCCUCGAAAGAAACUCGGUGAAUUCUUUCAGACCAGAUAUGACUGGGACUUACUUGCGGCACGGUCCAUAUGGGCUUUUGGGCCUGAUAAGCAGGGACCAAACAUACUGCUAGAUGAUACUCUUCCCAGCGAAGUCGACAAGAACUUGCUGAAUUCUGUCAAGGAUUCUAUUGUACAGGGAUUCCAGUGGGGUGCCCGAGAAGGACCCCUUUGCGAUGAACCCAUCAGAAAUGUGAAAUUCAAAAUUCUCGAUGCGACAAUUGCUCCCGAGCCCUUGCAUCGGGGUGGUGGUCAGAUCAUUCCCACAGCUCGGCGGGUGGCUUAUUCAGCUUUCCUCAUGGCAACCCCGCGGCUAAUGGAACCUGUAUACUAUGUAGAGAUUCAAACCCCAAUAGAUUGCGUCUCUGCAAUCUACACAGUCUUAUCUCGUAGACGUGGGCAUGUGACAGCUGAUGUUCCGAAGCCGGGCACCCCUGCUUAUAUUGUUAAGGCAUUUUUACCGGUGAUAGAAUCGUUUGGUUUUGAGACGGACUUGCGAUACCAUACUCAGGGGCAGGCAUUUUGCCUCUCGGUGUUUGAUCACUGGGCCAUUGUUCCUGGUGACCCUCUAGACAAAAGCAUAGUCCUCCGGCCCCUUGAACCUGCUCCCAUCCAACACCUUGCCCGUGAGUUCAUGGUGAAAACAAGGCGUCGGAAGGGUAUGAGCGAGGAUGUAAGCAUCAACAAGUUCUUCGACGAGGCUAUGGUUGCCGAGCUUGCGUUGCAGGCUGCUGAGCUUCAUCAGCAGAUGAUGUAAUAAAGUAUGGAAACAUCUUCCUCUCUCUGCCAUUUUGUUCUCGGUGUUUAGAAGUUAGAACUAGAGAUGUAAAUGCAAAUGGCUGGUGUAUCUUGCAAUGUGUCUGUUGGUUUUUUGCACCCAUGGAGAAUCCGUUUAGGAUGAGUUUUUAGCAAUUACUGCAGUCAAUCAGUGGAAGUUUAGCAGAUCCAAAAGCUUACAAUCAUCUGAUUCUUGCAAUCAUACAAGAUAGGCUUGCUUUCCUUUUUGAGCAGAAAGGCAAUUCAGUAUAAGAUAAUAGCAAUUGCUGUAAUUUGGCCACCAUAAGAGAAUGUUGUAUGAGUGCC